AUGGGCCUCGCUUGCGUCGUGGCGCUUGUCCCAGCCCUGCUCGCGCACGGAGGGUCUGGCGCGGGCGAGGCGCCUGCAGGCCUCGGCGGUUGGCCUGGGGGAAGGGCUGCUGCCAGCCGUUAUCUCUAUGACCGCUUUGAGCGGUCUGAGCACCACGAGUCGGACAGCAACCGCCACGCGUCCACGCUGCGCAUGCUCGCGGCCCAGUGCCACUCGGUGGCAGAGGUUGGCCUGCGGAGCGUCCUCUCCACCUGGCCUCUGUUGCAGGGCCUCGCGGACUCCUCGAUCGCGGGUCCCGAGGAGCCGAAGUGGCACUUUGCCGUGGGCGCGGUUCCCUUCCAGCACGCCGCGGAGGCGGGCCGCGUGGCGAGCAGCCUGGGGAUCGACUACAAGUUCCUGCAGGGGGACACCCUGACCACCGGCCUCGGCGGCGACGUGGACCUCCUCUUCCUCGACACAUUCCGUGCGUACGCGCAGCUCCGCGCCGAGCUGCGCCUCCACGCGCGCCACGCGCGCCGUUUCAUCGCCAUCCACGGCACGCAGACCGACGGCCGACGGGGCGAGUGCGUGCGCGCGGGCCGCCGGGGGCUCCCCGCGCACGAGGCGUGCGGCGAGGGUGCGGCGAGGCUGGGGGUGUCGGCCUCGGAGGUCCGAGGAGGACUGUGGGCGGCGAUGGAGGAGUUCCUCGCCCUGCGCCCGGAGUGGCGCGUCUCGCACCACUUCAGCACGGGCAGCGGCCUCACCGUUCUGGAGCGCCAGGUGCCGCUGCCGCACGAGCCCCGCAUCGGAGGCUGGGGGCCACGGUGCAACUUCACGAGCCACGACCUGACCCACCGACGGUUCGAGGUCGCCGGGCACCUCUGGACUGCCCACAUGGACGUGCUGCAGGAAGAGCUCCGAAGGCUCCAGGCCGCGGCCGACAGGGAGUCGACCGCCUGGGCGCACGCGAGGCUCGCGGUGCUCAGGUAUGUGCUCAGCUUCUCGCAGCUGCAGGGCACCUUCGACUUCCUGGCGCCGCUGCAGGAGGCCCUGCGGCUGGACCCCGUGCAGCCGCAGGCGUGGGACUUCGACGGGUGCACGGGCAGCCAGAUCUAUGUGGAGCAACUCCUGGCCAAGUCCGGAAGGAAAUUGGGCAACGAUCUGGAAAUGUUUGAGCUUGUGCAGAUUUGUUUGUGGCCUCAUGGGCCCGUUUACUGCCGCCCUCUGCCAUUCCACGAGCUCCUGGACAACCACGGGCCCCUCCGCGAGGCCGACCUCGCGCUGGGUUCUCUCCUGCUCCGAAGGGGCGCCCUCGAUGAGGCCCGGGCCCGCCUGAGCGCGGCGGUGCUCGCUGCGCCGAGGAGCCGGCAGACGGCGGGCCACGUGGGCGAGGUGCUGCUCAGGGCUGGGCUGACGUCGGAAUCCGAGGAGGUCUUCGAGAGCGCGGUGGACCGCGGCCUCUGGCACAGCGUCCACCAGCGGCCCCGGCUCAGCUUUUUCCCCGCCAUGCUGCCCUUUGGCGACGGCUUCUUGGACGAGGAUCAGCUGCCCCCCGAGCUGAAGUUGAUCCGCUCGGGACUGGAGGCUGGUUGGGCGACAUUCCGGAAGGAGGCGCUUGAGGCCCUCGAAAAUCCGCUUCACGUCACCAAGGAAAGGCGAAAAACGCCUGCGGGUAGUUGGUCGGAGGUGCACAUCAUGUCCAGCGGGGGCUGGAAUGAGGACCCGAGGGUUGGGUGCCGCAUGGAGCUGUUCCCCUCGACGUGCAGGCUGCUCGAGAAGGUCUUCAUGCAGGUUCCCUACACGCUCAUGCUCCGCGCUCGCCUGACCAUCGUGGAGCCGCCUCUGACGGUGAUCAACAGGCACGGGAGCAAUGCCCCGGGCCGAUUGCGCAUGCAGUGCGCCCUGGCGGUGCCGCGGGACGCGACCAAUCUGCUGCAGGUGGGGGCGGAGGCCCGCAACAUGACGGAGGAGGGACGUUGCCAUUGGUUCGACGAGUCUUUCGAGCACGAUCUCCGCUACGAGCACGGCUCGCUGGAGAGGGUCGCAUUGUAUGUCGACGUCGAGCACCCGGCGCUGCGGAGGGAGCACACCAGGGGCACUGCGGAGUUGGAACCCGAAAUCUUCAGCAACAUCUAUUGGCUGCAGACUCUCUGCCGGGGCGACAUGCAGCGACAGCUGGCCGCACUGUGA